AUCAACAGAGUAACAUCCACAGAGGAAGCUGUCUACUGCUCGUCAUCAUGAACACUUCACUUGUUCUUAUCGUAUGCUGUAUUAUCGGCUAUGCUGCUGCUGCUGGGUUAAGCAAGAAGGAACAACAAAAAAUCCUUAACCAGCAUAAUGAGUUCCGUGCUUCCAUUAAAGCAUCUGAUAUGGUGAAACUGGAAUGGGACAAUUCACUGGCAAAGAAGGCCCAGGAUUGGGCUGAUACCUGCACCCUUGGCCACAACCCUUCCCAUACCAUCAGCGGCAAAUCAUGGAGUUGGAUUGGAGAGAACAUGGCAUUCAGUACUGAGAAAGAUCUGGGAAAUAUGGUGCAAAUGUGGCAAGAAGAACAGCAGAUCUUCGACUACAACUCCAAUCAAUGCAACCCACACCCUAGUGACCCACUGCUGAGAGCUUGUGGACAUUACACUCAGAUGGUAUGGGCCAAGACUCAUUUCAUAGGGUGUGGUGUGAAGCUUGGUUGUUCUGGAUACUUGCCAAAUCGACUCGUCUGUAACUACGCUAUCGGUGGCAACAUGAUUGGUGAGAAACCUUAUACGUCUGGUAAGAAAUGCAGCGCCUGCCCAGACGGCUUCACCUCAUGCAAGGACAAUCUCUGCUCUAAGAAAUCCAAACCACGUCGACGAAGGUGUUUUGAGACCCCCAGUGACAUGGAAGCUCUGGACUAAUAGAUGACGUCAUGAUCCGCUGUUGGUUCCGCUUGACUGGGUUAAAGAAGAGGAAAGAUCAACGACCGCUUCAAUAGUUCACUAUAGAGCUAUCAAUACUUGCUAAAUGAUUUUAAUAUCUACUGGAGGUUCUAUGAUAAAUAAAUAAAGCUAAGUCAACUAAACGUUUUAUUUAUUUGCACAGAGUAGAUUAUGGGUAGGCCUUUACCGAAACUUUCAAAUAAACGUUUUAUUUAUUUGCACAGAGUAGAUUAUGGGUAGGCCUUUACCGAAACUUUCAACAUUUUCAGACGCCCUAGCUGAAAAUAUUACAAACAUGAUAUUUUUUAUUUGAAACCAAUAUUCACAAGCAGUUCCCCUUCCGACAAAACUAUUAUUAAUGAAACCGUGAAGUGUUUUUAGAAUCAUCAAAAUGGAAGUUUAUUACUGCUAUAAAACAUUGUCUAUAAUUGCAUGAUUUUAAUAAAGUUGACAUCCGGUUGUUAUUAAAAACAUGGGUUGUUAAAAACGGCCAGUUAUUUAUUUGAAAUGUAUGUCUUUAUGCGGGAUAUUAUACGAAAUAAACCCAACGAAGUUGCUCUCAUGAAA